UCGACGGAAGCGGCUCGCGUCUGUCAGACAGAUUUCGCCUUUAAAGGCGCAUUAAAACAGCGGCAGAAGUGCAGAACCCGAGAAGAGCAGCAACAGAACUAGCACAACAACAUCAUCUUCAUUUCUGACAGAGAAAUAAACACAGCAACGCGCGCGUCAGGGUUCUCAGCCAGCUGUGCGUCCGGACAGAAGACAAGACGCUGCUCUCAUAUGCAGUCCGACUGGAUAUUUAUGAAGCUUUCAAGGCCUUUUGAUUGAUCGGUCGCUCCAUGGGGAUUCUCCGGUGCUUUCCGUCUGGUUUCUCCUGCCCUUCACCCCUCAGCCUGCCCUCCACCCUCUACAACACCUCCUCCAUACAAAUCAUGAAACUGGUAUUAACUGAAUGGCAAUUAAUAUGGAUUUUAACUGUUUCCAGUAGACAGUAAACACACUUGCACCACACACACACACAAACACACAAACACACGCGCGCACCACACACACACACACACACACACACACACACACACACACACACAAUUACAUGCACAUACACCCACCCACACUCACACACACACAUACACACACUCACACACUCACACACAUCACAUCAGCGGGAGUGACCUCAUGGUAAAGUCAUAUGCUCCCCAACAGUCCGAACCAAAUUCCCUGACACGGCCCGUCCCUGAGCUCCUGCAAGCGACCUUCAUCAAACGGCACAUUUUGCGAUGUUUUACGCUCCUUGAGUCUGAUCCACGGCAGAUUUCCUCGACAGAAGGACGUCCGCGGGAAGCGGUGUGCUGCUGUUGGCUUUAUUCUUCCCAGAUUUUUAGUUUUGCAUUAUUUUGUGUUAUUUUCGUGUGAUUUUUUUUUUUUUUUUUUUUUUUUUUUUUUGCGUGGAGUCACACGUAACCUCUGCUCCGAGUGCAUGCCGAUGAAGAUGGCACCACAGAACACCGAGGCCGACACCGUGCAGAUGCAGGCCGCCGUAGUGACACCUGUGGAGAAACGGGCUGGAGGAGGCGGGGCUAAUGGAGUGGGAGGGGCUGGAGGACGGGAUUUGGAGAGUCAGGAGGAGUCGGUCAGCGAGGGAUCUAUAGACCGCAUCCCGUUGCGUCAGUGGGUCAUGCACGGCGCUGUCAUGUUCGGACGAGAGUUCUGCUACGCCAUGGAGACGGCACUGGUCACUCCUGUACUGCUGCAGAUAGGUCUUCCAGAGCAAUACUACAGCCUGACGUGGUUCCUGAGCCCCAUCCUGGGUCUGAUGUUCACGCCUCUGAUCGGCUCGGCCAGUGACCGCUGCACGCUGCGCUGGGGCCGCAGACGGCCCUUCAUCCUGGCACUGUGUGUGGGCGUCCUGCUGGGCGUCGCCCUCUUCCUCAACGGCUCGCUGAUAGGUCUUGCUAUAGGAGACGUGCCAAAUAACCAGCCGAUAGGAAUCGUGAUGACGGUUUUGGGGGUGGUGGUGCUGGAUUUCUGUGCAGAUGCGACGGAGGGUCCCAUACGAGCGUAUCUACUGGAUGUGGCCGACACUGAGGAACAGGACAUGGCCCUCAACAUCCACGCCUUCUCUGCAGGGCUCGGAGGGGCGGUUGGUUACGCCCUCGGUGGUCUUGACUGGACGCACACUUUCUUGGGUCGAACCUUCAAGUCUCAAGAGCAAAUUCUGUUCCUGUUCGCCACGGUUCUGUUCACAGUUUCCGUGACUCUGCACCUCUUCAGCAUCGAAGAGCAACAGUUCAGCCCUCAACAGGACCGUCUGGAUGAAGAGGCAAAAACAGAAUCCAGUGUUAAAUUCCCACCGCACCAUCCCGAGCUCGAAAUGAUCCACGAAGACGAGCCCUACGAUCAUCACGACCUCUACGCGGACCGGCGAUCAGAGCGAGAGCUGGACAUGGACUCCUUAGACGUGGACAUCGUUCGAAGUAAAAGCGACUCCGUUUUGGAAAUGGCUGAUGCUACACUGGACCACCACGACAUGCUGUUUCUGCGUGAAAUCGAGCCGUCUAUCUUCCAAGAUCGCAUUUCUUCCUAUCACGGGUCGCCGCCGCGGCGCAGAAGCAGUGCAGAGAGUCAAGAGUUCCUGCGCGGAAAAUUCAGCCGACUAUCUGCAUUUCUGCAGCAGGCCGAACAUGACGGAGAAGAAGCUCUGCUUAACAGUCAGCUCAACCAAUCCAAAGCGCCCAAUAUACAAAAGACCUAAACUAACACCCACCGCCCGACACCAAACCAAACACCACAAGCACCAACCAAUCCACGCAGACGCCACACCUUCUACCGACAGUCGUCCUGUACCUUCUCUUACUACGGCCGGGUCGGAUCCCACCGCUACCGUUACCGGCGAGCCAACGCCGCGUUCCUCAUCAAACCGUCACGCAGCAUGAACGACAUCUACGAGAUAGAGAAGCGGCAGAAGCAGAGGAACGGACAGAGAACGAGGCACCAGAGCGGGAACACCAACUCCAGCGGGGACACGGAGAGCGAGGAGGGCGAGGCCGAGACCACCGUCCGUCUGCUCUGGAUGUCCAUGCUGAAGAUGCCCAAAGAGCUGUUCAGACUGUGUGUGUGUCACCUGCUCACAUGGUUCUCCAUCAUCGCAGAGGCCGUGUUUUACACUGACUUCAUGGGGCAGGUCAUCUACGAGGGCGACCCUACGGCCCCGCUGAACUCCACCGCCCUUCAUAACUACCACAGAGGGGUUCAGAUGGGCUGCUGGGGGCUGGUGAUUUACGCCACCACCGCCGCCAUCUGUUCAGCUAUACUGCAGAAGUACCUGGAUAACUUUGACCUCAGCAUAAAGGUCAUCUACAUCCUGGGCACUCUGUGCUUCGCCAUCGGUACGGCCAUCAUGGCGAUCUUCCCCAACGUCUACGUCUCCAUGGUGAUGAUCAGCAGCAUGGGCAUCAUCUCCAUGAGCAUCUCGUACUGUCCGUAUGCUCUGCUGGGCCAGUAUCAUGAUAAUAAAGAGUACGUCCAGCACAGCCCCGGCAACUCCAAGCGAGGUUUCGGCAUCGACUGCGCCAUCCUGUCGUGUCAGGUGUACAUCUCUCAGAUCCUGGUGGCGUCGGCGCUGGGCGCGGUGGUGGAUGCGGUGGGCAGCAUCCUGCUCAUCACUACUAUGGCCUCCUCCGGCUCCUCCUUCCCUUUCCUGUCCGCCUGCUUCCUCGUCAUCUACCCGGGCUCCGGCGGAGAGGCUGAGCAGACGCGGGCGCUGACGUCCCCCAAUAACAACGGCGUGACCGAGAAGCCCAGCUUCCUCAAGCUCACACACAAAGGCGGCACCACGACCACCUGCAAAGUGUAGUGUGAAUCCACACUGUGAAAGCGAUCAUAUGAUGGUGAACAUCUAAUGCCAAGUUCACACUGCACCAUUUUAGCCCCGACUUUCACUCGCCAACAGUUUUUGCAAAAUCACAGACAAAUGCCUGAAAUCGGAGGCAAAUCAGUGCUCGUUAAUGCGAGUGACAAUUAUCAAAGAUGCAAUCAAAGAAUUGCCGACGCCUGUGAAAUAUUUAACAUGCUACACUAGGGCUGCACGAUUAAUCAAAUGCGAUUUUGCAAAUGCGCCAUUUAAUACACCGAGCCGAAGUUCUCUGACAAGCUACGCAAUAUUGUGUAAAUUACCGCAGACGAUUUAAUCACGUGAUAAUGAAAUCCAAGUUAACAUUUGUGAUAAUGAAAGCUGUUUGUGUAGCUUCUCAGUGAACUGCGGCUCUGUGUAUUAAAUGCUGCUCCAUCUGAAAGCACGUGAAUAUGUUUUUACUCCAAACUCACUUCAUAACGUCAGUCGAGUGUUUGAAAUAAAUCUCAGUGUCAUAGAAGAACCAUUUUUGUUUCCACAAAGAACUAUUGUCAAAGCUUCUCUCUUUCUUACAUUUUUAUAAUCUGAAGAACCUUCUUUCGCCACAAAGAACCUCUGUGGUUCAGAAAGGUUCUUCAGAUGUUAAAGGUUCUUUAUGGAACCAUUUGGACAAAAAGGGUUCUUCUAUAGCAUCGAGAAGCACCUUUAUUUUUAAGAGUGUAAAUAUCUAGAUCUGUCAGCGAUUCAAAAUCCUGCUGUGUGAAAUGAGUUCUGACUGAAAAAUAUAUCACCGAUGACCUACAGCCAAUGAGAGAGGAAGAUACAGGGCAGGGAGGAGUUAUAUGAAACGUAGUUUGCGAACCAGACAGAGUUGUCAGUGAUUCUUUCUAUUGUAAAGCCAUGCAGUUUAUAACCUCCUGUCACUGAUCCAUCGUGCAAUGUGAACACAGCAGCAACUGAAUGCUACCCCAGAUAGUCAUGCAGUGUGAAAACAACGGUGAUCCAGUCAGUGUGAACUCGGCAUAACAUUCCCAACGCAUUUCUACACACAUUGAUCCGACCAUCAGG